AUGGGCCAUGGGGCAAGUAUUGGGUCUUCCAAGUUUAGGAAGCACCAUGCUCCAAUGCUUGGCAAAGAAAAAAAUCAGGGUGCCAAUCUCAUACCCGCUGUAGUGACAUUCACUCCUAUAAUCAAGAACGGCCAUAAGAGGUUGAGACCUGCAUCUCUCCAAAGCUCGCCGGUGCCGUUGAGCAAUGAUGGCGGAAUGGGUCAGCAGCAACGGAUUUCACCUUCUACGUCACCUAAUGCAAUGGGAGUGCUCCAGAACAAGUGUUGGGAAUGGAGAAGCAGGACUCUCAAAAAAAUCCUGGCGGCCCGUCUACUUCUUCAUAAAGGUCCUCGCCUGAGCAAGCUUGGUUAUCGGGAUGGUAGUGUUGUAGAGGCAAGUGGUCAUAGUGGAGGAAUUUGGAUUUUAUGUUCUAAUCCUUUAAUAUCAGUGAGAGUUUUAGAUGCAGUUGAUCAGUGUAUUAGCCUUGAGAUUCAGAUGGGUGCUUUUUCUAGUUUUUGUAGUGUUGUGUAUGCUAAUCCUCAUGUUCAUCGGCGUAUGAGGUUGUGGAAUGAUUUGAUCAGGGUCUCUAAUAUGAUUCAAGGCCCUUGGAUUGUGCUAGGUGAUUUUAAUGAUAUUCUGAUGCAGAACGAGGUGAGAGGAGGUUCCUUUUAUAAUGCAAGAUCGGAGAAGUUUGCUGAAACCUUGGCUGAAUGUAAUUUGUUUGAUAUGGGGGCUAUUGGGAGAAACUUUACUUGGUUUCGAAAGGUGAAAGGUGGGCUGCAGGCUGCUUGGUUAACCCACCCCCUCUUUCGGGAUGUUGUUCAUACAGCUUGGAGUAAAGGAGCCCCAGAUGUUAUUAAGAGUUUGCUUGAAGUCCAAAAGGAUGCGCUUAAUUUCAAUAAAGAGAUUUUUGGAAAUGUGUUUGUUAAAAAGAGGGAGCUUGAAAGACAACUAAAUGAUAUUCAAGUUUCUUUGGAAAGAUGGGAAGACCCGGAGCAGCGGAUUAAAGAGCAAGGUUUGCAUGAGGAGCUGAACUCUAUCCUCCUCCAAGAAGAGCUAAUGCGAAAAAGGAACAAGAUUCAUGGAUUGUUUCUUGAAGAUGGCACUUGGUCUUCUGAGGCGACGGUUUUGGAAUCGGAAACAAACUCUUUCUUUCAAAAACUUUUCUCUACAAGGGAGGCAGUUAAUUUGGAUGCCAUGGGGGAAUUCCCUUGUCCUUCUCUUAGUAGAGAGGUCUGCCAAAAGCUUGUUAAACCAGUAGCUCUCGAAGAGGUGAAAAGAGCUGUGUUCGGCAUGAAUUCUUUCAAGGCUCCGGGUCCAGAUGGAUUUCAAGCUCUCUUUUAUAAAGAAUUUUGGGAAUCUCUUAGCAGUGAUGUGUGGGGCUUAGUGAAGAAAGCCUUUGCAAAUGAGAACAUCAGUGCAGCUGUGUUUGACACAUUCAUUAUUCUGAUCCCCAAAGUUGAAGCUCCGUCUUACCUGAAAGAUUUUCGUCCUAUUAGUUUAUGUAAUGUGACAGAGGUUAUGAAGACACUGGAUAUGUUUACUCAAGCGUCGGGAAUGAAGGUGAAUAUCCAUAAAUCUAAGGCUCAAUGUUCCAAGAAUGUUUCAGCGAGAAGAAAAGAGGUGCUUUCAGGGAUCUCUAGUAUCCGAUUUUGUCAAGAUCUGGGAAGAUAUUUGGGAGUUAAUAUUGGUCAUGAUAGGGCUUCUAGGAAGAUGGCGCAGGAGGUCAUUGACAAGAUACAGAGAAAACUUGCUAGUUGGAAAGGGUGCUUGCUUAACAAGGCAGGCAGACUUUGUCUUGUGAAUGCGGUGAUGGCUUCUAUUCCGGUUUACAAUAUGCAAGUUUCCCUUCUUCCGAAGUAUGCGUGCGACAAGAUUGAUUCUUUGAUGCGUCAGUUCUUAUGGAAAGGUCAAGCGAAUGGGAGAGGGUUGCCGUUGGUCAAGUGGGACAUUGCUAUAACUUCUAAGAAGGCAGGUGGCUUGGGUGUUAGAGAUACUCUCUGUGCGAACAUGGCUCUACUUGGCAAGUUGGUUUGGGAUUGUCUGAAUAAUAAGAACAAGUUGUGGGUGCAGGUUCUAACUCACAAAUAUCUCCAGAACUCCAAGGACUUGGGCAGCAGUCAUGGUCACAAUGCCUCAACUACUUGGAGGAAUAUUCUAAAGGCUUAUGAUAUCUUAAAAGAAGGAUUUCGAUGGAAUGUGGGAAAUAUGCAACAAUCGAUUUGGUAUGAUGAGUGGAGUCCUCUUGGCAAACUUUGUGAGCUUACGUCUUAUGUUCACAUAUCUGAAACAAAUUUUUCUCUUGCUGAUUUGUGGAGCAAUGGUACUUGGGAGGGGGAUAAGCUUGUAACGCCAAUUUCUCAUGAGGUCAAACAGUUUCUUCACAGUCUUGGGCCUCCUUUAAUGUCAGAAUCGGAGCCCGGAUGGAUUUGGUGGCCCGCAUCACUAAAAGCCCAUAGCUCUCGAGAAGGUUAUCGUUGGCUCCUGACAAAGAAAGUGAAUUCGAUCGAAAAUAGCAACUGUGGGUGGAUUUGGCGCCUUAAUUUGCCAGAGAAGAUAAAGAUGAUGAUGUGGUUGGGUCUACAAAAUGCGCUUCCGACAAAUGCCUUCCGGUUCAAGCGUCAUUUAACUGAUUCAGACAGAUGUUCGAGAUGUAAUGCAGAUCUGGAAACAAUGGAGCAUUGUCUUAGGGAUUGUGAGAAAUCAAGAUGCAUUUGGCAAAUGUUGGAUCCUUUGCUUAUUGAUUCAUUUGAAGUGGUCAAACUAUAA